AUGGCAUCUUUACUUGCUUCACCGGCCGAAUUGGCUACGCUGAAUUCACUGGCCGAUGUGGUCACCUUCGCAGCUGUGGACGCAGAUCUAUGGGCGUUGUUUGCCAAACAUCUUGGCAAUCCACCCAGUGUCCGGAUCUUGGCCAUGGUCCCAGCCUCCGUCCUGCAGAAAACAAUUUUGGGCCUGCGGAUCCCCUCUGGUGCCGCCCCGGCGGAUGGCAGUCCGCCUCCGACACGCGAUCCCAACGUCACAGAGACGAUCCAGAUGGCGUUGGCGUGGCGGGUGGCCAGGCAGGCCGUGGGAUUGGAGGACUUGGACCCUAUGCUGCCAGGAGCAGAGUCCUCCUCGGCGGUCAGGGCCGCGGUUGGGGCAAGUCCACCAGUGAGUGGAAUGCCACUGGCAGCCCCGGCAUUGGCUGCACAGAACCAACCGUCACCAAAGAAGGUGAAGUUGUCAAAUGUGUUGGACCAGACAGACGACACAGAAGUGGCAACAAAGACAAGGGCAGAGAUGGGCAUCUACUACGAAAACCAUCGGGAAAUCACUGGUGCGGACCCAUUGCCAGAAGUGGAGCCGACCGAUCUUCAGGUCGCAGCGAUGGAAGACAAGGUUGUGGUGAGGGACGAAAGCCCUUACGCAGACUUCUCCAUCCUGACACCCUUUGGGAGAAGAAUACAACGAGCCAUGAAAACGAAAAGUUAUUCCUUUCAGCUGGAUGGCACGUGGAAAGCGGCCGAUAUUCCGGGACCGCCUCACUUUCAGGCGUGGCAAGCCUGCUUCAGAGUCUACCGUGCAGUGCUAUUCAUGCUGCGCUACAAUGCGACGGCGGCACCGGCUGGGGGAGCGCCAGUGAGCGCUACCCGAGGCAUGGUGACGAGGAGGCCGCUUGUGGUCCAACCUCACUCCCUCGAGCGAUACUUCGAGGCGUUCAAAGAGCUCUGUCAGGAGUUUCCGGAGUGCUGGCACCUACUAAUGCCAGCCGAGGAUCGAAUGAGAGCCGAAAGGUUCGAACACAUUCGAAGGAACCUGCAAAGAGCGCACAACGAAGGCAAAGUGCCGCUGGACGUGGACUUCAACCCGGCAACCCCCUGGGAUGGAGUGUUUCAAGCCGCGGCGUUGGAUCACCAAUACUGGGAUUCCAAUGUCAGGAGGCCAGCGGUCGCCUUCUUGGCAAGAAUGGGGAGCCAAGUGCAACCAACACUCGAGCCAGUGUCAGAGGGGGCAAAAGCAUCAUUGGCCAACGUGGAAGCGGCAUUGGGUGCAACAGCUCCUUUGGGACCGACAAGGGCGAGAGCUGUGUUAUACUUGGGCGAAAGGAGCUACCCCGGACGCUUGCUCGGAGCCCUGUGCGGCAAACCGAGCGCACCGAUGUCAGAUCUGUUUGGUGUUGGCGUGGAAAGGGGGCUGGAAGGGUCAAGCGUCCGGCGCUUCAAAUUUCUGGAGCUGUUUGCCGGGCAAGCAGGAUUUUCGGGGGCCGUCGAAUUGGCUGGUGGAGAAUUGGUCGAAGUUAUGAACCACCAAGACUCUUGGACCACAAGUUGGGAUAUCUUGGUGGACGAGGAUUUCGAAAGGGCAAGAGCAUGGGUCAGAGAAGCAGACCACACUCACUUGGCGCCUCCUUGCAAGUCUUUCACAAAGGCACGGAGGUCGGACAAGUUCGGGGCCACCAAAGUUGUUCGGUCUCAGGCACAGCCAGAGGGCUGGGGAGACCCUUUGACUGUGGAAGGCAACAAAAUCGUCGAGAGAACGGCGGUCCUGUUAGACGAAGCUCAGGCGGCAAGAAACACCGCCUCGCUGGAGAACCCAGAGGACUCGUUCAUCUGGGAGCAACCAACGUUAGAGAGGCAUAUGAAAAGAAUGAGAAAGGUGGGGCUCGACCAAUGCCCGUAUGGAGCAGAGACCAAAAAGCCGACUGGUAUUCUUACAGACGCAGUUUGGAUGACGGACGUCUGUGCCAGGUGCGUGGAAGCUCGACCCCACGAACAUAUGCCAGGAGGGCUGGCUGGAAGGACCCUGGACUAUUUCUUCGAUCCUCCCAGGGAAGUGUGGAAAACUGCUUUGGCAGCCGAGUACCCCACUGGACUCUGCUGGGCAUGGGCGCAGUCACUUGUCCGCUUCUUGAAGACGGAGGAAGGACUGGUGACGUUGCAAAAGAAAGCCAUCAGAGUGGAAGGGAACGCACUCAGAGCAGUGCGGCCAGAGGUACAGUCAAAGCAGCCAGCAAGCAACCGAGAAAGGAGAGAGAUGGAAAACAACCAGGCAGUAGGGGGGCUGAGGAACCCCUAUGGCGCCAUCCAGAGCAAAGCCGCAGCGUGGAAGGUGGGCGCCAGUGUGCGUCAUGUGCUCUUGGGGGUCAUCAAGGGGAACACUCGGGAGUUGCAUGCACUGGCGUCGGGGGCGCCAUUCACAGGUUUUCACGAAGAUACUGUGGAAGCGGCAGCCAGUGCGUUGUCAUCGCUGGCAGGAGUAAAACCGGAAGCCCCCUCUCCGAUACGAGUGACUCUCUUGGAAAGUUUGUUGAAAAUGAGCCACGACCCAGAGAAGGAUGUGGCAAAUUGGCUGAGAGAAGGUUUCCCGCUGGGAAUAGAAAAGGAGCUUGGAGUCAACAAACAACGUAUUCCCAGUGACAGAGGGGGAUACAAAAGCUGUGGAACUAUCAAGACAGUUCCCACUGCUUACCGACUGGAGGCAGGGCCAGCAGCUCUAGAAGAAUUGGAGCGAGUGGCCGAAGCGGGCUAUGCAACACGCGCCGGGCAGCGGGUCGUUCUCCCGCGAGUGAGCGACGUCGCAAACGACUGGGCCACAAUGAUGCAAGAGGAAAACAAUGCAGUCGUUCACCUCGCAGUAAACGACUUCCGCGAUGCCUUCUACCAAUGCCGACUGGCGCCCAGGGAGCGCAAACAUGUAGUAGUCAAGGCCAGUGGGUCUGUCUACUACAUCUUAGAAGUAGUUGCGUUCGGCCUGGCCUGCGGGCCGCUGUUGUGGUCAAGGCUGGCCGCAGCCCUGGUGAGGCUUUCACAGGCGGCCUGCUGGGAUACCGUCCGCAUACACUGCUAUGUGGACGAUCCCUUACUCGUGGUCAAGGGACCAGAUGCCUUGGCAAGGUCAGUGAACCUGGCGAUACCACUCCUGCUGUGGCAGGCCUUGGGUUGCCAACUGAGUUGGAACAAGAUGCAGCUAGGGACCACCGUACAGUGGAUCGGAUUCCAGCUGCAGCUGAAAGACGGCUGUUUGGUGGCGCAACUCUCGCCAGAGAAGCUGGAAAAGCUCCAAAGGGCUCUGGAAGAACUACUACAGCACAAAGGAGUAGUCCCCGUUCAACUACUCAGGUCGAUGGCUGGACUACUAGGUUGGCUCACAUCAAUUGUCAAGCUGGCCAGGCCUUGGGUUGGAAUGAUCUGGGGGUGCGUCACCGAAUGCGAAGCCAGGGUGACAAAGCGUGCCAGAGAGCGCAAGAAUUUGGUGUUCAUGAAGCAGGUGUACUUGGCGCUAAGCACAUUGCACAGGAUGACUCAAUGCAGCUCCCUGAAUGCCACCUUCCAUUGGCGCCCGCGUUCACUGUGGCAAAUACAGACAGAUGCAUCAGUGUUUGGAUUUGGGGGUAUAUUAUGGUAUGGCCGGCAGCCAGUCGCCUGGUGGGCAGACGAAAUCCAAGAAUGGGAUUUGGCGCUGCUGGGGGCCAAAACAGGAGACCCAGCCUGGCAAUCCGAGUGGGAGCUGUUGGCAGUGGCCAUUUCAGCCAAGCUGUUUGGGCCUCAGAUCGCAAGUCAGGCUGUGCACCUGACGACUGACAACACAGGCGUCCUGCAUACGGCUUUAAAUCUUCGGGCCUCCUCACCAGGUAUGGUAACCGUAGCUGCAGAACUGGCCUGUGUGCUUCGUCAAUUUGACAUUGACCUGCGGCAAGGUAACCAUGUCCGAUCGGCCGCCAAUUACUUGGCAGAUGCCCUGAGUCGGCUGUCCCGUGGUGCGGCUGUGCCCGCACUUUUGGUAGUCUCCUACCUGGUGGCAGCGCUGUUCGGUGCAGUAGCGCAGAAAGAAGUGACGGCGUCCCGUGAAGACUACGCCAAUGGGCCAGUGCGCCUUCCCAAGAACGAUGGCUUCGAUCCGAUCUUGGGUGACAAAGGACGCCACCUCGAAAUGGCCUGGUGGGCCGAGGUAAAGCGGAAGGAUUGUGCGCUUCACGGAGAAAGGCCAGUGAUGCCUUUCUCAGUGAUGAAAGCCUAUGCCGCAGCCAAGCCUCCGGGAAAUGAUGAUGAGGCAAAAGACGAAAUGGGGCUCCCGUCAGCCGGAAGUAGCGAUCUUCACCCGCACGGGGAAGGGAGCACAUUGGCGGAUGUGGACAGGUCAGUUGUCAAAGCGGAGCCCAAAGAGGACGAAGCGGCCUUGUCAGAUGACGAAGGCAAAAGUGUAAAGAGGACCAUGGGCCCUGUGGUGGCACCGCCCAAAACAAGGGCGAGGGGGUCGGCGGCAAAGGCUUUGGUGGUCGCCGCCUCGGAAGAUCUGAUGAAGCAGGCGAGAAUCAACUAUGGGGAGCUGGUCUAUGCAAAGUCAACAGCGAUUGCCAAAGAAAGCAAGGCCAGGUUGGUGGUGCAGAUCGCCGAGGCAAGAAACUUGGAGCCAUUUCCACUUACCCCUGCAGUGAUCGGGGAAGUGGCCGCGGUCUUGCGGGCGGCCGACUUCGCCUCAGGGGCGACGUACCUGGCGGAAGCAAAACAAGUGCAUCUGCGAAAAGGUUAUCAAUGGGACUCAUCCUUGGACCUGGCGAUGCAAGACGCAGAGAGGGCUCUGACCAGAGCUCUUGGCCCUGUGGUGAAGGCCGAAGAGAUACCCCCGAAGCUAUGGAGGGUAUGGCAGGAGGCAGGUCGGCAUGGCUUCACUCGAAGCCAAAUGCAGCCACAAGCAGGACCGGAGCUUUGGGGAAUGGGCUCUGCGUUCUUGCUGCGAGAAACAGAGCUCGCACACCUCUUGAUGGGGUCUGCUUCACUAGACCUGGAAAGAAGAGAGGUCACGUUGCUCCUUUCUAUGUCAAAGACUGACCCGGCAGGAAAGGGAGCGAGGCGCACAAGAUCGUGCGUUUGCUCGUGGCCGCCGGAAGAGGAAGGCGAAAUAGACUGCCCCUUUCACGCCACGGUGAAGGUCAUGGAGGAAGAGGAGUUGAGAGAGUUUACCGUGGUUGGACAAGUUGGGUGUCCCGCCCUGAUGGUAAGCAAAGAGGCAAUGAUAGCGGCUCUGAGAAAGGAUGCCGAGGAAGCCUGCAAGUCAGUCAACCUCGCAAAGCACAGACUGGCAGCCCUGAACUUUGAAAGGGUAACGGGCCACUCUUUAAGAAGGUCAGGGGCCAAGGACGCUGUCAAGAGGCAUGGUCACCCGUUAGCAAUGGUCCAAUGGCUCGGCCGUUGGGGAUCCAGUGCGGUCCAAGGCUAUGUGGAGGACGCUUUGGAGGAGAUGCCCGAGAACAAAGUGGCCUUAACUACGUGGGAAGGAGUGGCACGCAAAACCCUGGAGCAAACCGCCAAAUUUGAAGAGAUACAAAAAAUGAUCGAACUGGUCAAGACCGAGGUCAGGACCAACGAUCAAAAUACAAGAACCAUGGUACAGGAAAUCAGGGACCAAGCCAGACCGAAACUGGUCCUGAACCUGUCCACUCUCAUGGUGCAUGCCACCGCGAAGAGUGACAGCAGUGAGUGGGUUGGCAAUCCGCUCAACUAG